AUGAAACUGGUUAUAUUAACUAUCUUCUUGUUUUCGAUUGAUGUCACGAGUUCUAAAGUUGAACAGACGAAUGUGUUCGGAAAACGACUUCAGUCAUGUUCAACAUCACCAUUGACUGGAUAUUAUCGAACAGGUUCCUGCGAAUGGCAUGGUUCUAGUGAUUAUGGUGUACAUACGAUAUGUGCACAAAUGACAAAUGAAUUUCUUGCAUUUACACGUUCGCAUGGUAAUGACCUUUCUACAUCGCAGAAUAGUAGUGGCUUUCCUGGUCUGCACGAGAAUGAUCGUUGGUGUUUAUGUGCUGCAAGAUGGCAAGAAGCGUUGGCUGCUAAAGUCGCUCCGCCUGUUAUUCUUCAAGCAACUCAUCGAAUCACUUUAGAAUAUACUAAACUUAGCGAACUCCGAAAAAAUGCGUAUCGAAAUAAGAAUCAACGUCGAAUGCAACCGAAAAAGUGA